UUUUGAUUAUUGCAUUUUUUUUAUUAGCAGAUGCUCUAGUAUAAAUACUUGCAAGGUUGCAGUGUAUGUAACUUGGAGCAACUAGCCAAGUCACUUGGAUGCAGCCAAUGUCGGUCUGCAGUUUGAGAUUGGCAGAGGCUGUUUUUCCAAGAUAGUAAACACAAUACACAAUGGCAGAAGGUUCAGUAACUUAUCUGCUGGAGAAGCUUGCAGCCUUUUUCGAAAAUGACGACCACUUGUUGGGAGUCAUAUUCGGAGGUGUUCGAGAAGAAGGGGUUUAUCUUCGAGGGGAAUUUGAAAGGAUGCGAGCUUUUCUGAGGACUGCAGAUGUAUUGCAGGAAACUGAUCAGGAAGUCGAAGUCUGGGUCAAGCAAGUCAGAGAUGUUGCUCAUGAAGCUGAAGAUAUUCUAGAUGCAUUCACUUUGCUGCAUGAACAUGAUCAUGGCCAUGGAAUCUAUGGUUCUCUACGCACUCUGGGAUGCUGUAUCAAGAAUGCAAAAGCUUCUUACCGAAUUGCUUCUGAGUUAAAAGCCAUCAACUCAAGAAUCAAAAACAUUUCUGAGGUUCAUAGGAGACUCCGUCACAAAUUCAUCAAAGCUGAACAAGGUCCAGGAGCUGACAGUGGUGGGAAUACAUGGCACGACUGUCGGGGAGAUGCCCUUCUUUUAGAUAAAUCAGAUCUUGUGGGCCUUGAUGAGCCAAGAAAUCAACUGGUGGGGUGGCUGUUUAAAAGUAGUCCUGGGCGGAAAGUAGUUUCAUUGGCUGGCAUGGGGGGAAUGGGGAAGUCCACCUUGGCAAAGCAAGUCUAUGAUGAUCCAGAAGUGAAAAAAUAUUUCGAAGUGUGUGCAUGGAUCACUGUCAAUCGAUCCUUCAAAUCUGGAGAACUUCUCAAAGACAUGGCUCAACAACUCUUCAAAGCAAUUAGGAGACGAGUUCCACAAGUAGUGACAAGCAUGGACAACAAUCAGUUGAAGACAACAAUCAAGGAGUUGCUACAACAAAGGAGGUACCUGAUUGUUUUGGAUGAUGUAUGGGACCUGUGUGAAUGGCAUGCUAUUCAAAAUGCAUUGCCUAACAACAGUUGUGGCAGCCGCAUCAUGCUCACUACAAGAAAUGCAGACGUAGCCGCCACCACUCGUGUACUCUCUGAUGGUAAGGUCUAUGAGUUAAAGCCCUUGCCUCCUCCAGAGUCCUGGGAUUUGUUCUGCAGAAAAGCAUUUCGACAGAACAAAUGCCCUCCUCACUUGGAGGACAUAUGUAAGGACAUUUUAAAAAAAUGCGAGGGUCUUCCCCUUGCGAUUGUUGCAAUCAGUGGUGUUUUGGCUACAAAAGAUAUAAGACGGAUUGAUGAGUGGGACAUGGUCGGUCGCAGCCUUGGGGCAGAAAUAGAGGGUAAUGACAAGCUCAAGUAUUUGAGAAAGGUUCUUUCACUCAGUUUUAGUGAUUUGCCUUACUUCCUCAAAUCGUGCUUCUUAUACCUGAGCAUCUUCCCUGAGGGUCAUCUGAUUGAGCGGAUGAGGCUAAUCCGGUUAUGGGUAGCAGAGGGUUUCAUUGAAGCAAAAGAAGGGAGAACACUGGAAGAAGUUGCAGAUGACUAUCUGCAUGAACUCUUGAACAGGAGCCUAAUGCAAGUGGCCACAACUACUCCUGAUGGAAGGGUAAAAAAAUGUCGGAUCCAUGAUCUUUUGCGGGAGAUCAUCAUCUCCAAGUCAAGAGAUCAGAACUUCACAACAAUUGUGAAAGAAAAAAGUGUGCCUGCACAAUGGUCUGAUAAAAUGCGACGCCUAUCUAUACAUAACACAUUGCAAACUGUGCAGCCAAACAGGUCAGUUUCUCAAUUACGUUCCUUAUUCAUCUUUGGAGUCAGUAGAAAGCCUUCCAUCGCUGCAUUAUUCCCCAACGGUUUUAGGCUGCUAAAUGUGUUAGACUUGCAUAGUUUGCCUUUAAAGAGAUUUCCAGUUGUAGUUGUGGACUUAUACUUCUUGAAAUAUCUUAGCUUGAGGGAAACCAAGGUGAAAACUGUUCCAAAAUUUAUUGGGAAGCUUCAAAAUCUUGAAACUCUAGAUCUUAAGCAUUCCAAUGUCAGUGAACUCCCUGAUGAGAUCCUCAAGCUUCAACGCCUACGCCAUCUUCUAGUAUAUAAGCAUGAAUUUGUAUCAUAUGAACAAUUCGGCUCAAAGAAUGGUUUUAAGGUUACCCCAAAAAUAGGUGUUCUGCGAGCAUUACAAAAGCUCUGUUUAAUAGAGGUAAACCAAGAUGGUGGCACGAUUAUUAGAGAGCUAGGGAAGCUAACUCAACUGCGGAGGUUAGGUCUUUUAAAAUUGAGAAAGGCAGAUGGAAAGGCUCUAUGUUCAUCCAUUGAAAAGCUGAGUAAUCUUCGUGCGCUAUCCAUAGCUUCAGUGGAAGAAGAUGAGAUAAUUGACCUUCAACACCUUUCUUCUCCUCCUUCGUUGCUUCAGCGGCUCUACAUGAGAGGACGUUUGGAUGCAUUACCCCAUUGGAUUCCUUCUCUUCCAAGCCUAGUCAGAUUGUCUCUAAAAUGGAGUAGGCUAAAGGAUGAUCCACUCAUUUCUCUACGACAUAUUCCCAAUCUUGUUCAACUUGAAUUAUGUCAAGUAUUUGUCGGAGACAAAUUGUGUUUCAAGGCUGAUGGGUUUAGAAAGCUGAAGAUCUUAAGCCUGGACAAAUGUGAUGAACUUAGGCGCAUAGACAUUGAGAUGGGUGCAAUGGAUUGUCUUGAAAAGCUCAGCAUCCAGCGGUGUAAGCUUCUGGAGAAGGUGCCAUCAGGGAUUGAGCAUCUGCUUAAGUUAAAAGUUCUCGAGUUCUCUGAGAUGCCAGUGGAUUUGAUGAAGACUAUUCGUCCAGAUGGAAAAGAUAACUGGAGAGUCUCGCAUAUCCCUGAGGUUUACUCAACCUACUGGAGAGAAGGAGGAUGGGAGGUGUAUUCCAUAGACAGCAUGACUGACGGGGAGUACUGUCCACUGCCCAGCAAUGUCUUCAGCCACGAACUCGAAACUAGAUGGAAAAGUUGGAAGUAAUUCGUCACAGCUGUGGGAACCAGCUGCCUUUGUUUAUCCAUAUACUUAAAUACUUGUAAAUUUGUACAUGGUGUGUAUACCAAAAAUUGCCUUUGUUUAAGGUAAUCCAGAAUGCCCCCUGGCGUUCCUGUACUAUAAGUAAACGUUAGUCUUAGGUCCUGAUGGUCUUUUUAUAUUCUUAGUCUUAUACUGAUAGUCGUGUACUGUUGUACAAAUUAAUGAUGGAUUGGUGUAAUUGAUAGGCUAUGCCACUGUGGCCAGGUAGUUCCUAAUGUAAAUGUUUGCUGCUCUUUAGUG